CACAAAUCCGAGGGCGAUAAGCCGCGAUAGCCAGUGGCCUUGCAGCCUCGGUCUUAAGCCCGUCGGUUACCACAGCCUGCCUUUGGUUGGUCCGACCCCGCCAUGCCGAUCAGAUAAGGUCAGCCAGGCCCUCUCCUCAUCCCUGAGCUGGCCUCCCUUCAUCCCUCAACUAUCCAUUUCGUCCCAGUCAUCCAAUACACCUGCAUUACACCAUGGCCCCUCCCAUUGAAACAGAAACCACCAUAUCCUCGCCACUCACCCUCCAAACCCGCCAAUCCACGCAGGAGACGGCCGCCGAAACUGCCAAAGUGAAGAACGCCCCCGGCAAGUUCCCGCGGCCUCCCGUCUUCGAGGACAAAUACAAAGAGCGCGAAUACCUCAAGGGGCGUCUGGCUGCGGCAUUCCGCAUUUUCGGGAAGAAUGGCUACGACGAAGGCGUGGCAGGACACAUCACCCUCCGCGACCCGGUCGAUCCCACCACCUUCUGGGUGAACCCAUUCGGCGUAGCGUUCUCACAAAUCAAAGCAUCCGACUUGAUCCAAGUGAGCCACAGUGGGGAGAUCAUCGACGGAGGACCGGUUCGGCUACUCAAUGCAGCAGCCUUUAUGAUUCACUCUGCUAUCCACGCUGCUCGACCGGAUGUGCUCUGCGCCGCGCAUAGUCACAGUAUCCAUGGACGGACGUUUUGUACGCUAGGACGACCGCUGGAUAUCACUACGCAGGAUGCGUGCAUGUUCUACAAUGACCACGUUGUCUACAAACAAUUCAACGGGAUUGUCCUCGCCGAGGAAGAAGGAAAGAACAUCGCCCAGGCACUAGGCUCCAAAAAGGCUGCGUUGCUGCAGAACCAUGGGCUCCUGACAGUCGGGAAGACCAUCGAGGAGACGGUGUUCUGGUUCGUCAGUCUGGAAAAGUGCUGCUAUACGCAGUUGAUGGCGGAUGCGGCGGCGGCCGGACGGGGUGGGCAGACAGUCAAGGUGGAUGAGGCUGAUGCAGCGUUUACAUACAAGUCGAUUGGUGGGUCGAUGGCAGGGUAUUUCAGCGCGAAGCCAAUGUUUGAUGUGAUCCACGAGGAGACGGGGGGGAAGUAUUUGAACUGAUGCUGCUAUAUCAUCAUCACCCACCCUACCAUACCAUAAUCAAUUCAUAUCCA